AUCGGUAUUGGCGUGGUUGAUAUCGAUAACUCUUGACAACUAUUGUCACAUCUUUGGUAUUGGCUAAGCAAAGUUGCUGUCGACGUUGAACUCACACGACGCCAUUUCUGUCGACACCGUGUUUACUGACGACUGGAAGAAAAUUUGUAAGUAUAAGUGUUUUUUUUUUUAAGAAAAAAGGCCGUUAGUACCAGAUUUUAGACAUGAAAAUUACAAGCGCAGAACAAUUUGAAACUCUUAUAGCUGAGUUAGAAAAAAGCCCUUGCCUAGCAAAGGGUUUGCAAAAGGGAACAGCUCCAGCUAAUUUUAAACAGCAAUGGGAGGCAAUCAGCAGUAAAUUGAAUGCCCUUGGUCCCCCUUUAAGAGACAGCGAUGGUUGGCAGAAGGUAAUUAUAAUAACACCAUUAAAGCAUAUAUUUUGUAAUAUAUGUACAUUUCAACUGCCGGUGUGGCGAGAUUACAAAUUUAAAGUUAAGAAGAAACUUAUAAAAAACAAGGCUGAGUGUAAUGCAACAGAUGGUGGAAUGUAUAAACAAUUAACCCUCUGCCCAUUGGAAGAGGCUGUGGCCAACUUGCUGCAGUUUAACAAGCAGCUAAGUCCAGAAGGUGCUUUGCAAGGUGUUCAGUUACCACCAGCGGAAACACAACACCAAACAUCAAGUGCGGUUGAAUUUGCUCCACUGGAUGGCGCUCAAAUUAUUGAAUGCAUUCUGUUGUGCCCACCAGAUUUGCCAUGCGAAGAGGAAGAACCCACAACUUCAGCGAGCGCCAGGAGCAGAAAUCAACCAUCCACUCCAGUCAGAACACGAAAACCAAAAACGAGCGAGAGGAACGACCUUUUGGAAAGGCACAAUAGUAUGCAGGAAAGAAUUUUAACUGACGCUACAAAUAAAAUGGGAUCAAUGAAGCAUUCCUUACGCGAUACGGCCGGUUAUCAGAAGAAACUUCUCGCAAUAGAAGAAAAGAAGCUAAAGCUUUUGGAAAAAAGGGAUCGCAGAGAGGUAGAAUUGCACAAAGCUGCAAUGCAAUUAAAAGAAAUAAAAUUAGAAAUUGCCAAAGAAAAGCUUAGGAAUUUAAAAAAAAGUUGACUGAUUUUCAUGUAGAUAUGUACCUAUUUAUUUUUUAUUUUUAAGUACCUGUGAAUUGUUUUUGU